CUCACACAUUCUUCUACAUCCAUUUAUCUUUACCUCCCUUGGUUCUAGUAUAGUUCAAGGCUUGUAGCUAGCCCUGGAAAAAUGGCAAUAUCAACUACCUCCAUCAUUUUCCCCAUCAUUGUCUUCAUGCUUCUUUCCACAACCAUCCCUACUCAAGCUAGUGGCUCCUGUAGUGGAAACUCAAAUGCAACUGACCUCAUGGUGGAAGCAUGCAAGAACGCCUCAAUUAACUCCUACGUCAAGACUGUCCCCGAAGAAUUUUGUUUAUCGACCCUGCAGUCUGACAUUCAGAGCAUCAAGGCCAAGGAUCUCCAUGAUCUAGUAUUUAUUGCCAUGGACAUCACCAAGGGCCGCCUCAAUUCUGCUAGAGCCAUGGUCAAGAAAAUGCUACAAAAUGCCAAGAAGGGUACGGUAAGGAUGUGUGUCCUCCGUUUCUGUGAGGUGGACUAUGAAGAAAUGGCAAGUAUUCUCAACAUAUGUGAUGCCAUGAUAAGGAACUACCAAGGAUACACGGGAAACAUGCGGUUCGAAGAGCUGGCUAGCUGUGUGUUUGACGCAUACCACCCUGCCGGCGCAUGCGAAGAUGAGCUUCAGGAUAUGCCAGAGGAGGCGGCGCUGUUCAAGGAAAACACUGAGCUGCUAAUGCUAGUACGGAUGGGCUCUAACUUCCUAGUCCCAAUGGCAGUACCAUAA